GACCGAUUUGACAUAGGGUGCGUACGUUGAAGGCUCCAAUGUGUAGUUUGGAGCGAGGUUUCAGUAGACCUGGGACAGAGUUUUGAGCACUAGAAUCGUUGGCUAUGGUGACACUUGAGGAGGAAGCCAAAAGAGGAAGUUUAGAGUUGAAAGUCGAUGUAGGAGGAAUAAUAGGAAUUGAAGACGGACGUUGAUUAUGAAUACAGUGGUCUUGGGUGCUGUUGGAGGUAUGAGGGCGUUUAUCACUUCCCGGUUGCCCAUACCGAAGAAGAGUUCUUCUGGAGGUACCUGAAAAGGAAAUUGGAUUAGAGGUGGUCUCAGUGACCUGAGAGCGUGACCGCAGUGCCCAAGGGACAACUGCUUGAGGUCGGUCACACACGACCUUUUCGUGGUGUUUCUUGACGUGUUAGCUCCGUUCUUCAAAGGGCCUUACCGCCGGAGCCGGAAAUCCGUGAGGUAAGGUAAGGUGUGCAUUUUUAGGGUCGACCUUUUCUAACCCCACCCCUCCUUGUGGGAAGGCAGCAUCGCUGUCAUGCUGGUUGUCUGAAGGAAACACCUUACUGCUGUCACACCUCUCUACAGUCAGCAGUCCGACUUCGCUUUCGGACCUUGGGUUUGUUGCUUUUAGUCUUACCGCUCUUCAACCGACCUGUCUGACAUGGUAGGACUUUGAGUAACGGUUGUUCCAGCCAGUAUAGUUCGGUUGCUUCAUCACGAUAGGCAAGCCCGACCACUACGUCGAGGUAGCAACAACGGUCGGGCACAAAUGUGACAGUUCCUGAGGGAUUAUAAGGUGUGAUUAAGUGUCAAUCGUAGACUUCAUGAAGUAAAAUGAGAGGGUGAUUUGCUUAGUUACAUCACAUCUUAAUGUAUAUCAUUCUAAAAUCUGAAAAAUUCCCAUCAUAUUAAAAACACAUGUGAAUGAAGAAUAUUCUUUUCAAUAAAUCCUCUUCAGGUUCUGCAGUUAUUUACUCAAAUUAAUAGUUCCUAAUUCACAUGCUAUAAUUUUAAACAAUGUAUUUGCCUUGAACCUGGCCACUUGUUGAAUUAUUAAUUUGAAUAUAUAACUGUAGAAUCGGAAGAGAAUUUAUUAAAAAGAAUAUGUUUCUAUAUCACUGUCCUUGUAAGUUUUUCUCUAUGUUUAUUUCUUUCAUUCUUGAUGCUGGGAAGUGUAGCAGUUUUUGUUACAAUAUUCCUAAGUCUUGACGAUCAGAUGAAAGUCACAUCGGCACAUUAAUCCAAUUUAGAACGCUUCACAACAGUACAAAAGAAAAUCAAGUUUGAAUGUAUAUACAAUGAAAGAGAUACAAGUAACUAAUGUCUAAUACUAUGUUUAAGAUCUGGAGAUCAAAUGUGAUUUUCGCUUAUUAGGGAAAUUCAUUUUGUAUUUCUGGUUAGGUGCCAAUCUAGUGGUUAUAUUUCUAGAUCAUUAACUGUUUGGUUAUGACUGCGAGCCCUGCUUUACUCGAUAACGUUUGGCUACUAUUUGACAACAGUAGACGUUUCGUAACCGAUAUUGCUCAUAACCACUUCAUAGACAUGUAUUAAAUUACUCAGCUACACUGUUCUAUUAUCCAGAUUUUUUUCUAGCAGUGACUAAUGCUUCAUUUCUAUUCUCUGAGGUCUAGACUUCACUUAGAUUUAGAAUAGCCAUAUGAAGUAUAUACCUAAUGGUUUCUGUAACAGGACAAUAAAUAUGCAAAUAUUUUAUCAAUAAUCAUCUACCGUCUUUUAUGUAUCUUAAAAUUGUUCACUUGUUUUGCAGGUUGCCUAAUAAGUUGGUUUCUUUGCAAGAAAAGUUGUCAGUUAUCGGUUUAUGGCCAUCGAGAAUCGGGUAUGAAAGUAUCUUGUCUGCUUAUGCCGAUCUCGGGGACAAAAGUAGUUUGAUGAAAACUCUAGAUGAAGCCCUCACUGUUCUUCAGCCUGUAAAAGCCGAAAUGAAGCAAAUUAAUUCUCACGUAUUUCCUCCGUCAUUUAUUUUGGAUAUUUACAUAAAGCUCGUUUGUUCGCAAAAAGACCCCAGUGCAACAUGUCGCGAAAUAUUGAAAAAAAUGCCUCUAAUACUUGGCCCAAACACUUUUGCAUCGGAUGCAGUCAGAAUUCUCCUAGCUCGUGGACGUCCUGCAGCUGCUCUAGAAGUUUUUAAGAUGAUGGAUCCGGAGAAUAUGAAUAGCGCAUAUUUGUAUUCAUUACUUCAUUUUGCUGUUCUUGGCGGUUUGAGUGAAGAACAACUGCAACCAUUCUGGAAAAUUCCGACUCGUGAUGAUUCGCACCUUCAAAUGCUGGUCAAUAAAAAUUUUGAACGGAACGUUUCACAAAAAUCCGGAAAUCUUGCAAACGAAUUGAAGAACCCAGAAGAUACCGCUCAUUCAUCUAGGACUCUAUCUGAUCUUGAAUCCAUAUUAUCGAUCCACAAUGUUUCCGACCCUGUUCUACGCGCUUGUGCUUUAUUUCGUGAAAAUAUGUAUCACAAAUUGUCAUUUCGUGUUGUUGACAUUGAACAUGUUUUCUGGAAUGCCGUUAGAAAGAAUUCGCUUAGCAAUGUGCCUCGCUCAAUCGAAGCGCUUAUUGAUCUGUUCCUGUUGACAAAAGAUUAUGAUGGUUUCAAAAUUUUCUUUCAUCGUGUUGCAUUUGAUUUACCAAAACAUGCACAUCUUUUCCUCAAUCGGAAUACGGUUAAAGAAUUCUUAACUGAGCAUACUCAAGAGAACUGGGAUUUUCUAGUGUCCGUUUUGAGAUCAAAAGUUAUUCCGGAUGGCAUUGCUUGUUACUGUAUUCGUGCAAUGGAAGACCAACGUCCUAUGUAUCCGGCACUUAAUGAUCAUGUUCAACCUUCAUGGUUUUCAGAAUUACUACUUCGUCGUUUACGUAAAUUCGACCAUUCAAAAAUAUUGAAAAAUCUUCAUUGGAUAACUAAAAGUUUCUGCAAGUCUAAUUCUGCUGAUAUUGUAUAUUCAUUACAACAAAAAGCGAUUGAACAUGGUUUUAUGUUAUUACCUGAAACAAUUAAAUCAAUAAUUAUCACACCUUAUUUUGUUCGAGGUAAUCUAUUAGAACAUCGUCAUUUAUGUUUUAGAAAUCAUGAAUUGACAAGUCACUAUCCUGUUAAUUUGAACAGUGAUGAUAAUAAAAAUGCAUUUAAACAAUUCGAUUCAAUUAUUAAAAUCUCAUCGACUUCAAGUACUGAAGAAAUAGUUGAUAGGACCGUGAAUUGGUUAGUAAAACAUAUUCCGUGUCAUUUAUUCAAAACACCAAUUGAUUCGCUGACUUUUGAUAUACCGACUUGGUUAAUUAUUUGUCAACGAUUGUUACAAGACGGUUCAACGUUUAGUGAAUCUAUUAACUGGAUGAGUUUAGCUUUGAAAUGGCUUGAACAAACAAGUAAUGAGCCUAAUUACUUGGAUUGUUUCAAAGAUUGGUUCAAGUAUGCACCAAAUAACAGUACUUCUACAGCAUUAUUGAUUGCUGGUCUUAUUCAUCCCAAGACCCGAGAAUGGGCUUUAUCGGUUCUGUCGGAGAGAAGCGAUGCAAUAUACGAUAUUAUUGUUUCUGAUUCUCUUAAUCACCUUUCUGGCGAAAAUCAAUGUUCUUUAGCUGAAAUUAUCUCAGGAUUUGGAAAAACAAAUACAUUGGCAGUUGCACGUCAAUUAUACAGAAAUGGUUUUGACGCUCCCACUUUACAGUAUAUUAUUAGCAAAUCGCCUGAAAAUGAAUACAUAAAUGAGCUUGUUCAAUUGUCUGUAGCAAAGACUAGUUGGAUUACUCCAAUGCUUGAUUUCAUAUCGGAACACUACCCUGAUAAAAAGUUAACGUUUUAUAACAACCUAUUAACAGUGUUGAGAACAAGAGCAGAUUCUCGAGAUACCUUGAUUUUGGUUUCCAAACUUCCUCAUGAUUCAAUAUCACAGUUAGAUCCUAUUAAUAGAUGGUUCUUAGAUGCAAUUUCAAAAUUGAUUAUCUUUUCUAAAGUGUCUCAGAAACUAUUGUUCAGUGAUUUGAACUCUGUUUUAUCAAAUACUGGGUUAUCAUCAAAUUUAGUUGUCUAUGAUCUUUGUGCAGCGAUCAAUAGUUCGAAAUAUCAAACCCUUAUUGAAUCAUUGAAAAGUAUUAUGGAUGAAAAGUCAUUGGAUAUUGUCGUAUCGUUUGUAAUAUACUUUAUACUGAUCAAUAAGGGCGUUACUGAUUUAUAUCAACUACUUCAUUUUACAUCUCAUACUCAUGAAAAGAAGAUAUUAUUUCUGUUUUGUAAAUAUUCUCAACCAUUCAUAAAAUAUAAUCUAAAGUAUUGCAUCCUUUCACAAGGACAACACUAUAAUGGUGAUUCAUUAGAUUGGUUAUCAAUGUCUGGUAUGCAAUUUUUGGAAAUCAAACCAUUCCCGAUUAAACAAAAGGAUAAUGUACCAGUGAAAACAAUUGAGGAUUGUAUGGAACUGUCACCCGAAAAAUCUAUAGCUGAUAUCGCUCAAUUUCUUGUUAAUCAACCUAAAAGUAAUGAACGUGUGGGAUAUACCGUACAAUCAAUAGGACAAUUGUGGGAUUUGCCAAGUAGAUUGAUUUUGUUGCAUCACUUUGUGAAUCUUGGAGCUGUAUCUUUAUUCAAACGUAUUUUGUGGUCUUUGCCUAAACAAGAUCGGGAAAUGUUAUACCCAUUAAAAUUUGUUGCUUAUAUAAUACAGGCUUUUUCGAGUUCUGCCCUUACUGGUGGUAUGCAAAGUGCGGAAAAUGCAAAUUUUGCUAUUCAAAGACUAACAGAUUUACCAUCUAAUCAAUUAGCUACUAUUAUUUGCAGUCCACACAUGGAUACUUUGUUUCAGUGUUGGCCUACUAAACAUAUAAAAAACUUGAUUACAAUUGUAAAUAAAAUAUCCGAAAAUGGUAAUAGUUCAAUUAGUUCACAGUUAGCUGGAGUUUUAGUCAAUCGUGGAUUAUAUAGCCAGAUUGAUCAUUUGAUCAAGAUCAAUAAGCCUAUACCGCCCAUAUUUUUGGCUGGUAGUUCUCGAUUUCCGCUAACGGAAUCAUCUUUCCUAUCAACAUUGGAAUUUGUGAAUACUCAUAAUCCUGAACAUAUUUCCGAAUUUUUGGAUCAUUGUAAACGUAACGCAGAACGGUAUUCUUCAGAGAAACAAAGCAAUACUUGAUUAGAGAAUAAUUGUAAAUAGAAAAUUGUUAAUGACCCCAACCAAGUUAUACGUCAUACUCUCUCUCUCUCUCUCUCUCGAUUAAUCUCUAGUUUGUUAUUAUCAAGUAGUGAUGAGAGAGAAAGACUGUUGUACAAAAUAAAGAAAUAUAUAUUUUUCAUAUUUGGAUAUAUAGUUGUGUUAUUUUGUUGUUGUUGAACAUAUUUUACACUGGUACUUGCUUUCAGUUAUGUCUUGUCUAAUUAUAGAACAGUUAUGUAAUUUUACUACGAUUUUCCUCCAAUAGACUAUAGUAAUGUCAAUUAAUAUCUUUAUACAAAUUGUGUAGCAAAUGAUGCUUUCAAUUUGUAUACACAAAAGGGAACUCAUAUGACGAAGCAGAAUACAAUAUCUUUGAAUAAAUUUUAUUAUUCGAUAGUUAUAUAAGUGG